UACAGUAUGGCAGUGAGUCCAAACUUCGCGCGUGUCCAUACUUCGCGGACGGUCAUUAUCUAAAAAACUAGCCGAUAUCCUUAAAAUCUGACAUCAUCAACGUGAAAAGCGACCUAAAAUUACCCUUUGGUACCGCACCCAGAGGACAACUCUGCUCCCGUCAAGGCUAAACUCUCAUAGUCAUCGCCAAGCCUUAUCCCUGAAGAGUCAACUUCUUUGUGGUGUACCAACACACGUCUCACCAAGAUUGGAAGGCGUCAUGAUAGCACAUGCUAUUGCAAUAAUCCAAUAUCAAGGAUGAGACUGUAACCCACCUUAUACUAGGAGAAUGCACCCUCUAUGCGGAUGAAAGGAAAAGGUUCCUCACCAACCUUCCUCCCUACCUCCAACAUGAUCUUGCCAUAACUCCUGUGUCACAAGUCGCAGAGGCUGUUACUAAUGUUGUACUUCUUGGAAUGGACACUAAUGGAACUAGUAUAUCUGUUGCUUCAGCUCCCCAACUUCAUUACUACUCUCUUCAUUUCUUGCAUGAGCUUCAUGUUAAACGUUCUCUGUUGGUGAACAACAACUAGACAGUCUGGUGAUACACUUUAUUCCAAUCUCCUCCUGAGCCUUGCUCUUUUGUUUCUAUACAUAUUUAUCAAACCACUUUUUCUGCGUAUCCACUGGAUCUCGCAGUUCUCCAGGACUGGAGGAAAUCAACUGAAGAAGAAGAAGAAGAAGGAUCUCAUACACACUUGUUAGGCAUGUGAGAAGCUACCUCAGGCGAUGUUCGUGCAGGCUCCACUCCACUUCACUACCGCUACACUACGCUCCACCUACCCGAACAUCGGGACAGUGAACUCGAUCGGAUAUUCCGAGUCACAAAGACUCUAAUCACUGCCAGGAAAUAAAGUAAUGUCAAGCUGCAUGAAGAACUCAGAAGACAAUUGAUGAGCUAAAUUUAACAGUCAUGGCCCAUAUUGCCAGAAUGAAAUGUCCAUUUUUGACCCGCCUACCAAGUGGGUUUGCGAAACGAGCAGGCAAUGCCCUAUUUUCUUAUGCUGAGAAAUGUCCAGUGAUGAAUCAGUUGCUCUCUCGUCAUGCUUCCACUAAUCAGCAGGAUUCAGAAAAUAAAUCAGAUGAUACUGAAAAACCUUUGAGAAAGUGUCCCUUUUUAGCGCAGAUGGAAAGUAUGAAGAAAUUAGCUCCUGUCAUAGACACUGACAUCAUCUCAGAGCACUCUGAGACCCCGCCGAAAGAUAUAGCUGUUGGUUGUGAAGAAAAGACUGCUUGCAUGAGUGAAUCCAUAUUUGUUUCACCAAAACAAGACCCAAAGAAAAAACAACUCAAGAAGGAAAACUUUGCUUCAGAGAAUGGGCAUUUUAGCUACAACAGGUACUUUAAGAACUUAGUGGACAACAAGAAAUCCAACCACACAUACCGUGUAUUCAAGAGAGUUAAUCGUGAAGCUGAUAACUUUCCUUAUGCAUAUGACUUCUCUGGAGAUCGUCAUGUCAAUGCUGAAGGGCUUCCAGUCACAGUCUGGUGCAGUAACGACUAUCUGGGGAUGAGUCGUCAUCCAAAGGUCAAGCAGGCUGUUGUUGAUGCAUUAGCUAAGCAUGGAACAGGUGCAGGAGGAACAAGAAAUAUAAGUGGGAACACCACCUACCAUGAAGCUCUAGAAGCGAGGGUAGCAUUGCUACAUCAGAAGGAUGCUGGUCUUGUCUUUACAUCAUGCUAUGUAGCAAAUGAUUCAACUCUCUUCACAUUGGCUAAGUUACUUCCAGGAUGUGAGAUUUAUUCUGAUGAAGGAAACCAUGCCUCUAUGAUACAAGGUAUACGAAACAGCCAAGCACCAAAGUUUAUAUUCCGGCACAAUGACCCAACUCAUCUUGAAGAAAUGUUACGGAAAGCAGACCCUCUCACUCCUAAGAUAGUUGCAUUUGAGACAGUCCAUUCAAUGACAGGAGCUAUAUGUCCAUUGAAAGAGAUGUGUGAUGUAGCUCAUGAAUAUGGAGCCAUCACAUAUGUUGAUGAAGUGCAUGCUGUAGGAUUGUAUGGUCGUCAUGGUGCUGGUGUAGGGGAACGUGAUGGCUGUAUGGCAGAUAUGGACAUUGUAUCAGGAACUUUAGGGAAGGCAUUUGGAAUGAUAGGAGGAUAUAUAGUUGGUGAUCAUGAUCUAGUGGAUAUGAUACGUAGCUAUGCUGCUGGAUUCAUCUUUACUACAUCUCUACCCCCUAUGGUCUUGGCUGGAGCUAUUGCUUCUAUAGAUGUGUUGUCUAGUGAAGAAGGUAUUGCUCUCCGUGCCAAACAUCAGGAUACUGUAUCUCUGAUGAGAGGCAAACUUAUUGCUGCUGGUUUACCUGUGGUCCAUUGCCCUAGUCAUAUCAUUCCCAUACAUGUUGGAAAUCCACAAGCAAACACCUAUAUUGCAAAUGAACUCCUUGAAGACCAUAACAUGUAUGUUCAAGCCAUCAACCAACCAACAGUUCCUUCUGGAGAGGAAAAGCUGAGAAUUGCCCCAUCUCCAUUUCAUACCCCUGAAAUGAUGGACAAAUUUGUUAGCUCCCUGUCCGAGGUAUGGGCUAAGCGUGGUUUACGGUUCAAUGCUCCUGUCUGCCCUAAAGAGUGUGAGUUCUGUAAGCAACCGAAGAAGUUUGAAGAGCUGUCUUCUCGCGAGAGAAUCUUUGCUGAGCAAAGUUGUGGGUUACGUAUGAGUCAGGGCAUGUUCUGUAGCAAGGCUUAAAUUUUGCUUAGUUGAUGAUCUUCAGGUACUUGCCAUUAUCUCAGCUUUUUUUAAUGAAAUAUUAGGAUUUGAAUAUAUGUAAACCUAUCCAUCUUUAACACUCAUUUGUUAUAUUAAACUUUAAACCACCAUUGCAUUUACCUGUGAACUCACUGGUGGUCCACUGCUGAAAAUUGGUUUCACUCAAGAGAGAUUACUGAUAAAUGUCUUGUAUGCAAAGCAAAAAUACACGUCUUGGCAUAUACUCACAAGCACAUGUGAAUAUGCCAACACCUGUGUCCUGGCAAGAGACAAAACUGCACAUUUGACAUUUACUGAGUGUUCCACUAGAACAAUUUUAAACCAUUACUAGUUGUGUUGUUUUUACUACCGGUAUUGAUGAUUGAAAGGUAGCAUCUCAGAGAAAUGUGGCUUUGGUAUUUUCACAUUUUAUCCUAGAUUCCUUUUACAACACAGGAUACACCCAUGUUAAUGGUCAUUUAUGUGAAAGGAAUAUAAUAUCAAAAGAUAAUUAUUCCUUUUAGAUUUGGUGUAAUGAAUGUCAUUUGUUCAUUAUUGGUGAAGGAGCUGUGAUAAACGCUUCAUUUGUAUUUUUCAAUUCAGUUUAAAAUUUUACUUAUCCAUUGAUUUCUCUAAAUUUUGCUUCAUUAAGGCUUUUACAUUUGCAAGUACUUUGAUUCAGAUUAUUUUCUUUAUUUGAAUUUUUUAUGAAACUGGAAUGAAGCCUCUUGAUUAAGAGAUGUAAAUCUACUUAACCUUUUUUUAUAGCAUUUUUCUGUUUUUCUCCUGAAUGUAAGGUAAUAUAUAGUAGUUGGAGUAGUAGUAGUAGUAGUAGUAGUAGUAGUAGUAGAAGUAGUAGUAGUAGUAGUAGUACUAUUAGUAGCAGCAGUAGUAGAAGAAGUAGAAGUACUUGGUUUUAAUAUUACUAUACAAUUAAUUUUAUAUGCUUGUGUAAGUUUUCAUGCAUUGGAAUAAAAAAAGUAAAUAUUACCCUCAAAUUACAAGGAUCUUUGCUAUGUGUCAGUGAUAUUACAUACAUGUAUAUUUUAAAGGAAAGAAAAAGCUAAUAAAAACUCAAAUUAAUAGAAGUUAUAAUAUCUUUAAAAAGGGGAAAGUAUAUUUUGGAAGUUUUUUUUUUGUUGCUGAAGAUUUAGCUAAUGAUAUAAAGGAAUUUAUGCUUGUAAAGUAUAUUCUUUGAUUUAAGGUGUGAAAUUUGAAGUUUUUAAAUAUUACUUUUAAGAAUAGAAAGGGUAAUUUAAGAUUAUUUAUUUUGCAAAUAAUUCAUGUUACAGUAUUUCAUGAUAAAGGAAUUGUUAUAGAAAAUUUAUGUGAAAUUAUCAGUCUUUAAGUCAGUUGAUUCGUGUACAGGUAGGAUUAAUUUGUGGUAUUUGGAUGGCCCUGUAUUUUUGCAUACUGUUGGGAAAUAACUAUAUUGGUGAUGAAGUUUUUAGUUUAGGCAAACUUCAUGAAUUGCUUUUUAUCUUUUUUACCUUUUACAUAAAUGGGGCUUGGAUUUAUAUUAUUGUUCAUGAAUGUCACAAUAUAAAUGCCCUGUUAGAAAAAAGAAAAUGCCAUGGCUGAAUAAAGAGCAUAUCUUUAGUAUUAAUGUAGUAUUCAUAUUUCCUAUGAUUUAUGGAAAGUAUUUCUAGAAAUCAGAUAGACCAGUGAAUGAUUAUUUUGGGGCAAAUAUGUUGCAUCAUUGUAUCAAUAUUUGAUCAAGUUGUAAUCAUAACUGACUCACUAAACAAAAAUGUUUACCAUUAAAAACUUUUUGUCAUGUACCAUAA